GGGUGGCAGGAGCGGAGGGGACGCUUCACCAUGGAAUAUGAAGUCAAGAAAGGGAAAAAGGGCUUUGUGUCCCCCAUCCGGAGGCUGGUGUUCCCCAAGGCUGCGCGCCGGGCAGCCUGUCGGAGCAGUGUGAGCCGCCGCCCCCUGCACUCAAUGCCCCUCUAUCCCCCCGACUACCUCAUCGACCCUCAGAUUCUGCUCUGUGACUAUCUGGAGAAAGAGGUCAAGUUCCUGGGCCACCUCACCUGGGUCACCUCCUCACUGAACCCCUCCAGCCGGGACGAGCUCCUGCAGCUGCUGGACACGGCCAGGCAGCUGAAGGAGCUGCCGCUGAAGACCACGGCGGAGCAAGACAGCAUCCUGAGCCUGUCGGCCCGCUGCCUGCUGCUCACCUGGCGCGACAACGAGGAGCUUAUCUUGCGUAUACCCACGCACGAGAUUGCCGCCGCCUCCUACCUGCAGGACGACGCUCUGCACCUACUGGUGCUGAAGACCGGUCUGGGCGUGGACCCGGUGCCAGCCGGCGUAGACGCCAGCCCCGGCGGGGCGGGGCGCGACCCGGGCCCACCGGGCAUGGCGCCCGAGAAGCGGCGGGUGGGCACCACCGAGCGGCGCCACACCAUCUGCAGCCUGGACUGGCGGAUGGCGUGGGGCGGCGGCGCAGGCGCAGAGGCCCGGGCCGGGGGCGGCGGCGGCGGCAGCCUGGAGCGCCAGCGCGCCGGGGCGCGGGCGUCGGGCAGCUGGGAGCGGCGGCAGACGUUCAGCGGCAGCUGGGAGCGGCGGCACGCCGGCGGCGGCGGCGGCGCGGGAAAGCCAGGUGGCAGCUGGGAGCGGAGGCAGGCGGGCGGCGGCGGUGGCAGCUGGGAGCGGCGCCACCCGGGCCCCAACCCGCUAGACCCGCAGGACCCCAGCCCCGACGCCUACUGCAACCUGGUCAUUCUGGCUGUGGCCAACAGGGAUGCUGCCGAGGAGUCCUGUGCCCUCAUCUGUCAGGUCUUCCAGAUCAUCUACGGAGACCAGAGCAUCGAGUGUGUGGACCGGGCUGGUUACCACUACACAUCCACGCCUGAACGACCGUGGCUCUGUAGCCGCAGUGAGAGCUGCCGCACUGACGGGACCUAUGCCUACGACGCCGACUUCAGCUGCUGCAGCUCCUUCAACAGCUCCCAGGACACAUUUGAAGCCUGUUACAGCGGCACGUCCACACCCUCUUUCCCUGGCUCCCACUGCAGCAGCAGCGACCACAGCGGCCUGGGCCUCGAGCAGUUACAGGACUACAUGGUCACGUUGCGGACUAAGCUGGGGCCCCCAGAGAUCCAGCAGUUUGCGCUGCUGCUUCGGGAGUACCGGCUGGGGCUGCCCAUCCAGGACUACUGCGCAGGCCUGCUGAAGCUCUACGGAGACCGGCGCAAGUUCCUCCUGCUCGGGAUGAGGCCCUUCAUUCCGGACCAGGACAUCGGCUACUUCGAAGGCUUCCUGGAGGGCGUGGGCAUCCGCGAGGGCGGCAUCCUCACCGACAGCUUCGGCCGCAUCAAGCGCAGCAUGAGCUCCACGUCGGCGUCGGCGGUGCGCAGCUACGACGGCGCCCAGCGGCCGGAGGCACAGGCCUUCCACCGGCUGCUGACAGACAUAACGCACGACAUCGAGGCUCUGGCCCCAGACGAUGACGAAAGCACGGACGAAGAGGCCCGGGACUCCCCGGGCGGGGGCGACGCGGCCGAGGACAACUACCUGUAGCCUGUGCCGCCGUCCAUGCAGAGGGCGGGCAAGGGGGUGGCCCCGCACUCCCGCCCCUGAGUCUCAUGCGCCCUUGUCUGUGCGUGUGUGUGAUCCAUCCCCAGGAUCCCCUCCCCAGACCCCAACCCGGGGCUCCGCGCUCCGGAGGCGGGAGUCUGUCCCUACCGGUCCCCCGCCCCGGUCCCUACACUACUGAGAAUGUCCUGCAAGGGGCGGGACCCAAAGCUGGGCUCAGCAGCUCCCUCUGCCGGUCGGGGAGGGCGGCGAACUUCUCUGUCCCGAUAGCCCGGACGUUCGGCCUCGGGACAGACACUCGAGACUCCGCAACUUUCUGGAGGCCAAGCGAGUGAUGGAGAGUGUGCUCCACCUGCUGGCCGGUUGAGAAAAGACUUCCCCGAGCCUGAAGACCUCUUUUCCUAUUUUACAGUUUGAGAAACUGAGGUUCCAGAGAAGAAACUGGAGGGAGUCUCCUGAUUCCCCUUAGAUAUUACCUCACGCUGGACAUACUAAAUCGUGCAGAGGGUCUUUCUGAAGCUCUAAGAGGCAGGGUCUCCCCUUUGCAGAUGGACUUAGAUCUUUAGUGUGGAAUAGAGGUUUCUUUCUACCAAGAGUCGACCCAGAGGAGCAUGAUCUGGGUCCCAGCCCCCACCCUAAGGCUCUGAACAAGUCGCUCGUUCAGAUCUGGCGACUGGAGCAGGACAGGCUAGGCUCCCUGUCUGGUAGGUGUCCUAGCCUCUCUGCCUCUCCCAUGUUCUCUUCUGACCCCACACACCUCACAAGGGGGUCAUAGGGAUUACUGAAGGUCAAGACCUUAGUGCUAGGUCUAACACAUGAUAAGUGUUCAAUAAAUGCUGUUCCCUUCCACAUCGAACACUUUCUGACUCAGUUUACCUGUCUUUAGCUGUGUGCAACGGGACAUGAACUGAGGUGAGGGUGAGAUGUAGGAAGAUCCUCAGGGAACUCACAGUUUGGGAGGAGAAAAUAGGACUUGCCCCUCACAGCUCUCUUCCAGCCUGACUCCAUGCUCAAAGUCCAAAUGAAAAGAUUCUGCAGGCCAGCUGUCGCAUCUCAGGUAGUCAGAGAAACCCAAAGACAGAAUUGGAGGGAGAGAAAAGUCAGCAUAAAGACAGGACUUGCACAGCCCCAGGAAAGGCUCAGAGGCUGAAAGAAGCCCUCAGAAGAGGCAAGAAAAUUACCUAGAAAAGCUAAAUUUUAUCUGUAGAACUUUACAUGGCCGAACACAAGGUGCUUACCAUGAGGUAGGUACUAUUAUCGCCAUUGUUAAAGUAAUAUCAUUAUUAUUACCAGGGCUUGGAUUCAGCAAGUUCCCUGAUUCAUAGUCAGUUCAUGGCAAAUGACUAUCCCGUCAUAACUGACCCACAAAAGGCCCUUCUGAUCACUGACUCGAUGGACAUGAGUUUGAGCAAGCUCUGGGAGUUGGUGAUGGACAGGGAAGCCUGGCGUGCUGCAGUCCAUGGGAUCGCAAAGAGUCGGACAUGACUGACUGAAUCUUACUUCGUUUUAUAUUCCCCAGACUUCAUCCACACAUCCCCGCAAUCCUUCUCCUCCCCACCAUGGGUACCCAUCUCUGUGUGUUGA